GAAUUCUUAAUCCAUGUAGAGUGACGGUGCACCAUCUUCUUUACGUUAUGACGCGCAUUUGACCAGGGAUAGGAAAAACUUUGGUGGGCCAUGAGGACUUGGGUGCUGUUUCUAAGCAGAGUGCGGGUUUAGGAAAAAAGCAAUCGAAAGAAAGCCAAAGAACAAAUUUGUGACUAUUGUACAUGGACCCCAAGUCUGAGAAGGUCCACUAAUGUCUGCGUUGCUCUUGGUCUGUGUCUGGAUUGUCGUGAGCAGGUCUCAGGUCGCCCUGACCGUUGGUCUGAAAUCAUGGACACCUUGCACAGACCUCAGACAGCUGGACCUGCUGUCAGAAGUGAUCCCCCCGAGCAAGUCCCUAGCUGGGUUAAGAAUGGUCCAAUCUCAAGGAGCACGUGGCUUUCACCUCUCCCCAUCACCCCAUGUGCUCAGCUUCCCGUCAUCACGGCUUUUGCAGUAUUGCCAUUUCUUCCCCGAGGAAUUCUCCAUUGUUGUCACUGUGAAGAUCCCCAGUCUUCCGCCAAAGAAAAACGAAUAUCUGUUUACUGUAAUCAGAGAAGAGAGCAAACAUGUCCUUCUUGGAAUAAGAUACAGCGAAAAUAAGAUUCACUUCCUGUUCUGGAACGCAGAACACUCCCAUAAUUUUCAAACCAAAGUUACAUUUCGAGGCGUCUCGCUGGCCAAUGACCAGUGGCACACGUUAGUCUUAGCUGUGUCCGGUAUCUCCAUUUCCCUCACCAUUGACUGCAGUAUACCAAUGGAAAUUGUUCUAGACAACCCAUUUCCUGCAUACUUAAAUACCUCUAAUUCUCGGAUAUACGUUGGAAGCAGAAGACGACGCAAAGGCUUUUUCUCAGGCUUGUUGAGGCAACUUGUUCUCUUGCCAGGAUCUGACGCAACAUUGAUAAUGUGUCCCAGCGCCAGGCCAAGGCUGGCAGAGCUGUCCAUCCCCAAGGUGCUGAAAGAACUACCAGUGAGGACUGAAGGAAGUGAAGUUCAACUGAUCUAUCCUUAUGAAGCGGAUAUGAAGGUGACCCUGGGUCCACAGCCUCCAUGCACUAAUAAUGAAAUCUCCCAGUUCUGGAUGGAUACGUCACUCAAGGGCCUAUUCCUUUGUAAUGGCAUCAAGUGGAUACCAGUGUUUGAAAGGAAGGAGAAGCUAGACUAUGUGGAGGAGUACCAGAACUUGGCCACUGCUUCGGAAACCAUGGGGCUGGAGAUCUUCCUCAUCCCUGACGUUGGCUAUUUUGCGGUUAUGGCUAACAGGAAUAAUCGUCCCGGCUCGGCUCUCUAUAGGUGGAGCGAGGAAAAGUUUAUGGUCCAUCAAUACUUUAUCACCUUCCAAGCUCAGGCCUGGAAGCACUUCACCAUCGGAAAAAGGAUAUUCUUAGCCUUGGCGAACUUUGAGAAGAAUGACGAUGGGGAGGAGAUGUCAGUCAUUUACAAAUGGAAUCCCAAGAAAAUAAAAUUCCUCCCAUAUCAGAGUAUAAGGACGUACAGUGCACGCGAUUGGGAGGCGUUCCACAUCGAAGGAGAGACGUUUUUGGCUGUUGCCAACCACAGAGAAGGUAAUAACCACAAUAUUAACAGUGUUAUCUACAAGUGGAACUCAAGCAACAUGCUAUUUGAGGUCAACCAGACCAUCCCUACCUCAGGCGCCUACGACUGGGAAUUCUUCAGUAUUGGACCUUAUGCCUUUCUUGUUGUAGCGAAUACAUUUAACGGCACAUCCACCAACAUCCAGUCCCAUAUCUACAUCUGGCUGGGGAGCGCCUUUAGGUCUUUUCAGUCUGUAACGACAUAUGGCGCAUCGGACUGGGAGUUUUUCAGGAUAAAGGAUCGCUUCUUUCUGGCUGUCGCCAACAGUCACAAUUACACUGUAGGGAUAAAGAUGCAAAAGCCAGAGGAAUAUGCAAUUAACUCCACAAUAUAUGAGCUGAACAUCACCGUACAGCAAUUUGUCAAGUUCCAGGAUGUUCUCACCUACAGCGCUGUGGACUGGGAGUUCUUCACAGUGGGAGACGAUUAUUAUCUGGUCGUAGCAAAUUCCUAUGACGGCAACUCAUUCUCUGUCAACAGUGUUAUAUACAGGUGGCAGGGCUAUGAGGGCUUUGUGGCUGUCCAUUAUUUGCCCACUUACGGUUGUCGAGACUGGGAAGCAUUUAAGAGCAACAACGGCUCCUAUAUCAUGUAUUCCAGUGCCAAGGAGCCCACGGCAAGGGUAUUGAAACUGCGGACUCUCUGAAUUUCCGACAAAUACACAUAAACCAUUGGAAAACGCAGCAAUCCAUGAUGAGGUUAUUGCAUUGACUUGCCUAAUGUCUGGGGAGGCAUUUGUUUUAUAAACCGCACCAAUCAAGACCUUGCUUUCAUUGUGUAACUUUCACUGGACAAAUAAAAAGCUAGAUGCUGAUUGGUUACUGUGGCUUAGGGGGACAUGUACUAA